AUGCUCGCGACAACAGCUCAAGCCGCGGCGCCCACCGGCUCGCCUACCGCCAACGCUGGCGCGACCACGGGCGGGCCUGUCGAAGGCCCAAUUGCGGCCGACCCCGCUCUUGAGACCGAGAAUGAUGGCCAAGAAGAUGCGCAAAGCAUCGUGUCGACUUCGACAGCAUCGUUAAGUGAGAGCAUCUACGAAUACCGCCGCCUUCACGGCCGCACGUACACCCAGAAGACAGAUUACUACGGCCCCAAUGACGAGAGGCAUGGCGAGGUUCUCGAAAUCAACCAUUACUGGAUGACCCUGUUCUUGGGCGACAAGCUUUUCCUCGCGCCGAUCGGCGACAGCCCGCAGAGAGUUCUCGACCUCGGCACCGGAACCGGCAUCUGGGCCAUCGACUUCGCCGACGAGUUCCCCUCGGCCGAGGCCAUCGGCGUCGACAUCUCGCCCACCCAGCCCGCGUGGGUCCCGCCCAACUGCAAGUUCCAGGUCGACGACAUCGAGAAGUUCCCCUGGACGUGGCAGGCGCGGUACUUCGACUUCAUCCACAUCCGCAACCUCGAGGGGUGCGUGGCCGACUGGCCGGGCCUCUACGAGCAGGCGUUCGAGGCCCUGACGCCCGGCACCGGGUACAUCGAGAUCAAGGAGUUCGACAUCGACCUCAAGUCCCAGGCCGUGCCGGACCUCGACGACGACCACGUCUUCAAGAGGUGGGGCCGGCUCUUCUUCGAGGCCUUCGACAAGAUGGGCAAGACGGCGAAGCAGCACCGCGACCACGGCAUCGCCAGGAACCUGGAGGCUGCCGGGUUCGUCGACGUUGUCGAGAAGAAGUGGCCGGUCCCCAUUGGACCCUGGGCGAAGGAUCCCGUGUUGAAGGAGGUCGGCACUUGUCUGUUGCAGUUCCUCGAUGAGGGACUCGAGGGGUUUGGGACUUUCCUUGCUGAGGAGAUCAUGGGCUGGGAACACGCCGAGAUCGUCGUGUUCAUGGCGGAGAUGCGAAAGGCGAUCAAGGAUAAGAGCCUGCAACCAAGAAUCGAUCUGCAUCUUGUAUACGCGCGCAGACCGGAGGAGCCUAAGGAAGAGUGA